AUGUCGAAAACUUUUCUACCGUCGUGGAUACACGACAAAGGCCUGAGAGCCUUGUAUCUAUGGCUCCCCAUUGUCAUUUUGAGCAGCUCCUAUCAGGGCUUCGAUGGCAUGAUCAUGAAUGGGCUCCAAAUUCUGCCAUCUUGGCAAUCCCAAUUCAAUUAUCCCCAAGGUCCGGUGCUGGGCCUCUUAAAUUCUAUUCAAACGGUGGGGGCUAUGCUGGCCCUGCCAUUGAUUACCCCAGUUGUGGACAAAUUCGGCCGCCGCAUUUCCAUCUUUUUUGGCGCAAGCUGGACUAUCGUCGGUGCCAUCCUCCAGGCCUCAUCUCACCAUCUCGCGCAAUUCGCCAUCUCUCGCUUCUUGAUUGGCUUCGGUCUCGCGUUCACGGUGGUGGGUGCGCCGCUUCUUCUUGCCGAGCUUGCUCUUCCUAAGCAUCGAGGUGCCAUCAUCUCAUACUUUCCAACUUCCUGGUACAUUGGUGCUAUCAUCGCUGCUUGGGUUACGUAUGGAACCCAUAAAAUUGACAAUGCGUGGUCAUGGAGAAUUCCCAGCCUCCUCCAGGCUGCCCCGGCUCUCUUGCAGCUCCUGCUGAUCUGGUUUGUUCCCGAGAGCCCUCGUUGGCUUAUCUCCAAAGGCCGUGGCAAGCAAGCUAGAGAUAUUCUCGUCAAGCAUCACGCCAACGGGGACGAAAGGAACUCUUUUGUUGAGCUAGAGUAUCGUGAGAUCAAGGAGAGUAUUGAAAGCGAUGCCUCGGUCAAAGAGAAGACUGGUUGGCUCGACUUGGUCCGCACCGCCGGCAACAGACGCCGUCUUAUUAUCGUCUUCUUCGCUGGCCUUUUCAUUGAAAUCUCUGGUAAUGGUCUCGUUCAGUACUACUUGCACGCCGUACUUGUCAGCAUUGGUAUCACGGAUACGACAACCCAAGUCACGAUCAACGGUUGCCUUUCGAUAUACAACUUCGUUCUCGCUACUAUAGCCUCUCUAUUUGUCGAAAAGGUCGGCAGACGAAAGCUAUUCAUUGCCUCAACAGCUGGAAUGUUUGUCGCAUUUAUCCUCUGGACAACCUUUGCUGCCCUCUUUACGACGAGAGGCGGGUCCGGAUACGCCACCGGUGUUCUGGUUUCUAUUUUCCUCAGCAAUGGUGCCUAUGAUAUUGGUUGGACACCUCUCUGGGCAUAUCCCGCCGAGACCUUGUCAUAUGACAUCAGAGCGCGUGGUGUUACUCUUCAGACGGGAGUGAUGCACGCGUUUGGGUUCUUUGGCACGUUUGUUAACCCCAUCGGUCUACAAAAUGCCGGAUGGAAGUACUAUAUUGCAUACAUUGUUUAUACAUUCCUUGAGCUACUUGUCGUCUGGUAUUUCUUUGUUGAAACCAAGGGAUUCACACUCGAAGAAAUUGCGGUCAUAUUUGACACCGAUGGAUUAACUUGGAAAGAAAGGCGUAACAUGAAGCCAUCAGCCGGAUCGCUUGAAGCUCUCGCAGCAUCAGACGGUAGGGAUUCGGGUGCAAAAGAUGUCACUGAGGUGUCUACGAAGAGGGUUUCUGAUGAGAACAUCUGA